UCUAUUUAUGCUUUCUGAAGCAAUUCUCCAUUUGCAAUAAGCGUCCAUAUCUGAAGGCGCUUUAUCGCAGAUCAACAAAAUGAAAUCUUAUCGAAUUAUCAGCUCUAUUUCAUACGCUGACUAAUAAUUACAAUAUAGACGCAUUUGCGCGAAUAAAUUUUGUGUUGGUACAUGUAAUAUUAAACCUCGUGUAUCAACAGAACGCAAUUAGAAUAAUAGUCUGUCCUACCUAACGAGUAUCAUCGGCAUUUAUAUACUAUUUAUAACAUAUAACAUAAAAAACAAUUUUUAUAAUAACAGAAAACAUUAUAUCUGGUUCUUUAGUAAAAAAUUUAUGUAACUAAAUCCAUGGAAGAGAAUAUUCUUUCUCCCAUAUGAAAGUGCAAUUAAUUUUCAACAGUACUUAUAUAGAUAAUCAUAUGAUUAUUUUAAAGGAAGAAAAAUAUGAAAAGAUAGAAAAAUUUAUCUAAUCACAAAAAAUGACAAACAAUUUAGAUUCAGUUUGUGAAAAAAGGUCCACCCGUUUCUUGCAAAUUCCUUUAAAGUCAACUGAACAGAUUUAUUUAAUUUUCUUAAUUCCAACAUUAAUCAGCUGUUUUGUAUAUAUAAUUCAUUUUUCUGCUGAUUUAGUAGUUGCUAUACAGCAUUUCAAAGAAAAUAACUUAGUAUGGGGUUGUUGUACUAUUUGUUUUAUGUAUGCACCAGCAAUUGCAUACUUUAUGUUAACUGUUUCAAGACCAGAUUGGUGGAUGUCAAAUGAUGAUAAAUUAACAAAGGGAAUGUUUUGUUGGUUCUGUCUCCAACUUUGUCAACUGAUAGGCUUUGUUUUUUUUUCUCUUUAUAGGUAUGCAGGUCUUAUAGUACUAUCUAUUGAAGCUAUUAUUUUAAGUGGAAAAGAGAGAACUGAGACUUUAAACAUAGCAGCUGCUCCUGCAGCUAUAGAAUUAUAUUUCUUUUUACAAGCAUGGUUUCAAGCAGUUCCUCAAGCUCUCUUUCAAACACAUUUACUCUUUCGUGAACCAUCAUUUCAUCAGACUCAUCAAUCUGCAGUUGUAAAGGUGCUUUCUAUUACUAUAUCCAUUGUAAUACUUGCCAUUCAGACUACCUCAUUUCAAAGAUUUGAAAGUCAACGUAUUAAUGGUAGAAAACUACCAUGGGCAAUGUGGUUAAAGAAAUAUUGCAUUCAGGAACUUUGUGAUUUUGAAGAAGGCACACCUUUAAGAUUAUCUGAUAAAAAAGAAAAUAACCCUAUAGAUAAUUCCUUAGAACAACCAGAAUCUGUAAAAGUUCAACACGAAGAUAAGGAACAAUGUGAUUCUCACAUUUCUUUAGAUCGUCAAGUGUCUGUGACACCUCCUUUACCACCUAAAAAUGUAUAUAUUACACCACCUCCAACUCCUUUACGUGGAAUUACUACAGUUACACCUUUACCUAUACCAGAUGUACCAGCUCCACCAAGACCAGAUUCAAUAUGUAUAGUUCCAAAAAAUGCAGAAUCUGAGCAAUUAUUCACUAAGGUAGUAUCUAUUGCAGAAAGAAAGAACAAUAGCAUACAAGAUUUAAAAGUUCCACAACGAAGAUAUUCAGCAAAAGGUUUAGAAGAAGAUGAUCCUGUAGGAAAAUUUUUGAGUUUUUUAUGGUGGUUCUUUUUCAUUCUAGCGCGUAUACUUACUAUUGCCAUAUUCUACGAAUUUUACCCACUCUACUUAUCCAUUGUGCUUGGUAUACAUUAUAGUAUUAUGUUAAUAUAUCUUUUUUAUUAUACGCAAUAUUAUGACAUUAUUACAUUUUUUCUUAAUUUAUGGCUAGGAUUAGUGUACAUAGUUAGUUUAAUUGAAUAUAGAAUUAAAUUUAAGUAUGCAGAUAAGUGGGUAUUGCCAUAUUAUAUUUUUGUAUUGAUGCAAAAUACGUUUUUAACAUUAUCUUGGUAUUUUUAUGCAGAUUGGGAUGGGUUUUGGUAUUCUUAUAUAUUUUUCGUCAUUCUUGGAAGUAUGACACUAUGCGUUUUAUCAACUAUAAUUUAUUGUGCUUUGCUUAAACCAAAGAAACGUAGGAUAUAUACCAGCUGACAAAUGCAGAAAAUUGUCUCAUGGUAAAAUAUUCAUUGAAACGUGAUUUCACAAAUGCUUUAAUUUUUAUAUAUUACUUGAACAUGAGGUUGUUUUAUAUUUAUACAAAUCAUUUACAAAAUAGAUAUACUAGAAAACUAUUAUUAACGAAUAGGACAAUGGAGUAGCUGAUGCAAUUAAAAUUUGUAGUUACAAUGUUUAAAUCUAAACUGAGAAACUGAGGACUGAUAUUGAUAGUUACAUAAUGUGAAAGAUGUAUUUAUCAUACAUUAUUAUAAAUUAGGUAGCUAUGUUUAUGAAAUAUUCAUAGGAAAAUCCGUCUAAAAACAUUUACAUAUAGUUACUAGAUACAGCAGCAUUUCUCCUUAUCUACGAAUUUUAUAUCUGUAUAGUAAUAUUUACAUUGCACAUUUAUAUAUAGAGAUACUUAUGUGUUAAAAUAUGUAUAUCUCUUACUCUGUGUUUCUCUCAUCUUUAAAGACGUAUAUUAAAUUUAAAUACUUAUCAUUUCAUUACUAUCUCUUUAUUUUCGCGAUUUUAACUAAAAAAUAUUUGUGUAAAAUAUUUUUUACACAUUAUUUCAUAUUGACUGCCAAAUCUUAGCAGAAAACCACUUUGAGAUUAUUAAUAUUAAAGUGGUACAUAUUAAGAUAACAUUAAUAAAGAAAUACUAAUAAGUUUAA